AUGGCUUCCGGAUCGGAUCCAUACAAUACUGGGGCGACAGGAGGCACCAUACCUGCUUCCGUCCUUUUGGGGAACAGAGACGAUGUGCCAGACAUUGGGGAUACUCCAAGAUAUUCCAAUGGAGUCGAGAAGUCAACGGAUGAUUCCACAGAUGCAUCUGCGGUGAAGUCAACAGGUGGAGUAUACAGUACUAUGGAAGAGAAACAACCCAAAGACGAUGUCACUGGCAGCGGAAUCGCCAGAAAGCCAUUACCUUCCGAAUCCGCAGCCGUCCUCGAAUCAACCCCCACGAACACUCAGCGCACUUCAGCUGAUACGACUGUUGCAGCGGACAAACCUCUCCCUCCAACUCCAGCAGCCAGCACAGCAAAUCUUACAACUACGACAGCUUCUGCCAACACGAACGCUACUUCUCCACCUGCCACGGCAACAAGCAACCUUAAUGCCGCACCUGCUACUAGCUCUGCAAAUCUGACAGCCAGCAAUAUCCCCUCUUCCAACGCACCUCAGAGACAAGAAAUCCCUCGAAGUAUAAGCGGUCGUCCUCAACCAGUCGAUCCAACACCCUACGGGCAAGCAUACUCCGCUCGAAAUCCCCCUCCUACAGUCGAAGGAUUCCGCGCGAACGAGAAGAAAAGACAAGAACAAUCGAAACAAUACUUUUCAGAGGGAGGAAACGAGGACAAGAAGGAUGGAAGCAAAGCUGCAGGAGCGUCAGCGGAUACAACUGGUCACGAAAGUACAACUAAGGAAGAGGAUGGAGCUCGUUCUGGUGCCACUGAAGAUGUUCCAAUUGGGGCGGAGAAAUCGAACGUUCUCUUCCAACCAACUCCAAAUGUGGAUUUAUCGCAAGCCUUUCAAGCAAUCCACAAAGACGCCAGGAAUGUAUCGUAUGUUAUCUGUGCAGCUGUUGUUAUUCUGGAUUGGCUGUUCAUUGGUGGAGGCUGGAAGGGAUUGUUCAAAUCACUCUUCCCAGCUGGUGGUGUUGCUGCAGGCGUUUAUUUCAUUCUUAUCAACGUGGGCAAGACUGCCAGCAGUCAAGGUAUCCAACAGGCAGAACCAAAGGUGGAAAAGUUGAGGUAUGUUCCGGAAUCAGUUGAGUGGAUGAAUAGCCUGGUGGGAACCCUUUGGCAUACACUCCAGCAAGAAUUCUUCGACGGAAUUGCAAGCCAAGUCAACGAUACCAUUAAACCUCUGAUCCCAGAAGGCAUCCCAGUCGCUGUCAAGAUUGCCAAACUCGGCCAUGGAGCUAUUCCAGUGCGAGUCUUGUCUAUGCGAUCGCUCCCAGACUCUGAAUUCGGCGAGUUGGUCCCUUCCCAUGGUGAUCGACGGGAUGCAUCGCCUGCUGACCGAGCGAAACGGGACAAGGCGAUCGAACGGGAACAGGGAGGUGUAUUCUACAACCUCGAGAUUUCUGUUGCAUACCAUGAAGCCCCUCUACGACCGCGAACUGAUUCCAUGCAUGUCGAUAUUGUGGCAAUGCUUGGGCCAGUACCACUUCCAAUCUUCGUCCAGGUGAAAGAAUUUGUUGCGACUAUUCGUGUUCGUCUACAGAUGCACCCAGACCUACCAUUUUUGAAGAAUAUGACUUUUGCAUUAACCGAGAACCCAAAGGUCAACACCGCCGUCUCGCUUGGUGCUCCCUGGGCUUUUGAUAUCCUCAAUCUUCCUCUCAUCGACACGACUCUCGUCGCCCAGAUCAACGCUGCAGCACAGGAUUUCGUUCAGCCUAAGUCUAUGAGUCUGGAUAUGACGGUGUACGUCGGUGGAUCAGACCAAAAGGAAGAAACCGAAUCCAUUGGAGUACUCUUCGUUAAGAUCCAUCGUGCCCGAAACCUCGCUCGUCAAGAUACCAGAGGACCAGGAGCAGAUCCAUAUCUUACCAUCGCAUUCAGCAAAUAUGAGAAGCCGAUGUACGCUACUCGAAUUAUCAAAGGUGAUCGAAAUCCUGUCUGGGAAGAGACUGCAAUCAUCAUGAUCAAGGCUGAGCAUGUCAAGCGAAAUGAGAAUGUUCUGCUUCGCCUUUGGGAUUCUGAUACAACUGGCUCCGAUGAUGUAUCUGGUGUCUGCGAAUUCCCAUUACACGAGCUAGUCCUGAAGGCAAAUGAGAUGCAGAAGCGAGAAGACCAAUUACAGGGUGACGUCUCUGGAACAGAUGCGGAGGGUAUUUUGGAAUGGGAAAUUGGAUACUUUCCGCGAGCAGAGUUCCAUAAAGCGUUGAGAACUGACGCCAAAGACCCUCGCGAUCACCGCGGUGAAAAGAUCGAAGUCCCAGAAGAGGAGAAAGAGCAAACUGCGCAGAAUACCGUCCCGGAUCCAAACCUUCCUUCUGGAAUCUUGGGACUGACCAUCCAUCAAUGUAUCAAUGUUGAGGUCAGCAAUCCGAACAAGAAGUCCAUGGGAUAUGUCGAAGUUCAGAAGCAGGACGAUGAUGGAGAGGAUGAAGGAGAUGCCGAGAAUAUCAGCGUCGACUACAUCCCCUCGCUAUACGUGUCUGCCGAUAUCAACGACCAGCUGGUUUAUCGAACACGAGUCAAGCAUAUUAGCUCAACCCCAACGUACAACUCCUCGACCGAAACCUACAUUCGCGAUUGGAGGCUGGCUACUUUAAAUCUUUCGGUUUGGGACAUAAGGAAGAAAACGGAUGAUUGUCUCGUUGGUGUCGCAUCUGUGAAGUUGUCUGAUGUCUUCCACGAAUCGUCCUCCGUCGUCAAGUUCUACGAUUUGAAGGGUGGUGAAGGCACAGGACGAAUUCGAAUCAGCAUGAUCUUCCGAUCGAUGAAGAUGAAGCUUGAGGAAUCCCUUCUAGGAUAUUCUGUGGGAUCGUUCGUAUUUUCUUCUCCCAUCGUCGCCAAGGGCGAUAUGAAUACCAGCAAGCUCAACAUCCGAGCCUCUGGAUCACGACGAGCAAUCAAGACAGGCAGUGCAUCCGACGGGGGAUACACCUGGACAUUGGACAAGCCAAAAAACAUCAUCCCAGUUAGUCAUCGCUACCUGAGCCCGAUCGUCAUCGAAUUCGUCGGCUCAGGCUUAACCGAGAAAAUCGGCGGUCCCCUAGGCAAAAGUAAACACUACGCCAUCCUCUGGCUCCACAAACUCGUCGACAACAAAGAAUCCUCCUACACCCUCCCCAUCUACAAAACCAACAACAAAGACCGCCUUCUCCAAAAUGUCGUCGACUCCCCAGAUGACACAAUGACCCUCGAUAAGGUCGGCGAGGUGACAUUCACGGCUAAGUUCAAGGCUGGUAUUGACGAGGCACAUGAGGAGUUUCUAGAUGGUCAUAACCAGUGGUGCACGUUCAAGGCGUGGAAGGCUGCGCAUGAGUCGGGUGAGGCAACGGGGAGAGCAAGCCAAUAG